UUAUCAGUACUAUUUUAUCAACCUAAUGAUCGAAUUCCAUGUCUGCAAAAGUGUACAUGAUCAUUGCUAACAUCCUAAAGCGUAGGAAAGGUCUGCUGCAAUGGAACCCUAAUGAGGAAAACUGAUGUAGAGAGAUUUUAUCUCGAAAUUCAGGUUGCAUUAUUUGCAGACAUCGAGUUUACUAGUCAAAUUUGCAGAGGUUAUUCAGUAACUCAGAUUUAGCCAGUAUGUUCACGCUUUUCGUUUUGUUAUUCCAUGCAUCAAUGGUAGCUUUGAUAUCGUCCCAGAGACCCAAUGCCUACCCAGAAGUGAUAGAGCUAUGCCAGGGGACAAGGGAUGACUACCUUGACCUAUCCAAGAUUAAAAUCUCCCACUUGAAGAAUGGAACCUACGGCUUGAACGGCAAUAUCACUAUUAAAAAGGACAUACCUAGCUCUGCAACGGUUUCAGUUAGAGUAUUGAAGAAAAACUCGGCCGGUGUAUGGACCUCGGGACUUUUGAUGGCAUCUCCUGACAUCAACAUCUGUACCUAUGUGAAAGUGGACACCAUGUUGUAUCCUGUCGUUGCAAGACACAGCAGCUUGCCUGAACAGUGUCCGUUUCCCAAGGGGAACUAUGUUUUCAACAGUUCGGACUGGAAUGCUCCCACAGCUUUUGGUCAAGAAGGAUGUUUCAAAGUUAUUUUCAGUUUGAAAAACAAGAGGAAGCCAAUACUUUGUGUCAGCCUAAUUGCCAAACUGGUUGGUGCAAAUGGAUCCAGGCUCCCAAGAUGCGUUUGAUUAAUGUAAUAACUGUUAUUACUGAUUACUGUUAUUGUGGUAAUUGAUCAUAGCUUCUUUAUUGUGUUAAUUAACCAUUUGUAACUGUUUUUUCACAAAUAUUGAACAUUCACAUAGAUUUAGAAUAAUUUGUAAUCCACAAGAAUCACACAGUAAUAAUAAAAUUAUAAAUGUAAUGAUUAUGAUAAUAAAACGCAUU